AUGGCAGAGUACAAGCAGAUCCUCAACAAGAUGCGCAACACGAUCAUCGCCUUUCCGCUGCCCGACGACUCGCACACCACCCCGACCGGGUCCAGCUACCGCUCCCUCGUGUGGAAGCUGCUCCUCGACAUCCGCACCACGCCCGUAGCCCCCUACCUCGAGCUCGUGUCCAAGGGCAAAUCCCCCGCCCACGACAAGAUCCGCAACGACACGUUCCGCACCCUCGCCACCGACCAGGGCUUCAAGGAGCGCGUCAAGGAGGAAAAGCUCAUCCGCCUGCUAGAGGCGUUCGUGUGGAAGUACUGCGACAGCGAGGAUCCGCACCUCGUCUACGACUUCACCUACGUCCAGGGAAUGAAUGUCCUCGCAGCUCCCUUUCUCUACACGCUGCCCAGCGAGCUCGAGGCCUUCUACGCCUUCAGCCGCUUCAUCGAGACGUGCUGCCCGCUCUACGUCCAGCCCACCCUCGCCGGCGUGCACAAGGGACUGCAGCUCCUGGAUCGGUGCCUGGAACGUCUGGACCCCUCGCUCUACACGCAUCUGCGGUCCAAGAACCUCUCCGCCGAAAUCUACGCCUUUCCCUCCGUCCUGACGCUGUGCGCCUGCACGCCCCCGCUGCCCGAGGUGCUGCAGCUGUGGGACUUUCUCCUCGCCUUUGGCGUCCACUUCAACGUCCUCUGCAUCGUGGCCCAGCUGCACAUCAUGCGCAACGAGCUGCUCGACUCGUCGAGCCCAAUGAAGCUACUGCGCCACUUUCCGCCGCUCAAUGCGCGUCAGAUUAUCCAGGUGACCGUCAGCAUGGCCCGAGACGUGCCCGAGGACCUGUACGAGGAGCUCGUCAAGCACCCUUACCACCCGGACAGCGUCGCCGGCAUGCUCUGA